AUGCGGCGCGCGCUCGCGCGCGCGGCGCGCGCGAUCGACGGCGAACGACGCGCGCGCGGCGUCGCGAUCGACGCGCGCGCGCGCGCGACGACGACGACGCGAACGCGAACGCGGGACGACGGGGACGGCGGACGCGCGCGCGCGCGCGCGCUCGCGACGACGCCGUCGCGCGAGGACGACGGGCGGCGGGGAGAGAUCGCGAUCGAUCGAUCGGGCCUGCGACGCGCGCUCGAGGGACGGGCGCGCGCGGGCGACGCGCGGGAGGAGGGGACGCGCGGCGGGUUGUUGGGACACCUGGAGCGCGCGAUGAAGUUCGCGGGAGGGUCGAUUCCCGUGAGUGAGUACGUGCGAGAGUGCUUGACGCAUCCAGAGUAUGGGUAUUACAUGCGCGACGCGGACGUGUUCGGCAAGAAGGGGGAUUUCGUGACGAGCCCGGAGAUUUCGCAGGUGUUCGGGGAGUUGAUUGGCGUGUGGGCGGCGCUGCAAUACGAGGCGCUGGGUUCGCCGGAUACGCUUCGAAUCGUGGAGUUCGGGCCGGGGAGGGGGACGUUGAUGGCGGAUUUACUGCGAGGGACGAGGAAAUUUGCGAAAUUUCGCGAUGCGGUGAGCGUGCACUUGAUCGAGGUGUCGCCGGCGCUUCGAAAGACGCAGGCGAAGACGUUGCGGUGCGGGGAGUUAGAAACGACGGCGGCGGAGGGGAACGCGAGAUUUGUCUCUGAAAUCAACGACGCAGAAGUGUUUUGGCACGACGGUUUGGAGAGCGUGCCGAGAGGGCCGACUUUGGUGAUUUGUCACGAGUUCUUCGACGCAUUACCGGUGCGACAGUUCCAACGCACCGAAAGAGGAUGGUGCGAGAAGCUCAUCACGAUAGAUAGCGAAAAAGCAGAUAGUUUGCGACUGAUCGAGCUUAGCCCACCGAGCAUGACGCUCUGGGACGCCUUGGUGGAUCGCAUCGAGAAGAAUUCCGGCGCCGUGCUCGCGAUCGAUUACGGCGAAGAGGGGCCGCUCGGGAACACGCUCGAAGCGAUUAAAGACCACAAGUUUGUGCACGUGCUCGACAGCCCCGGAGAAGCCGAUCUCUCGGCGUACGUUGACUUCGGAGCUUUGCGUCAAAUCGUCGAGGAAAAACCGCAGUCCGGAGUCAAGUGUUACGGCCCGGUGACGCAACAGCAGUUGCUGUUGAGUUUAGGCCUGGUGCCUCGCCUUGAAAAGCUCGUGGAAAACGCGUCGAGCGAGGCACAAGCGGAUGAAUUGGUGCAAGGAUGCGAACGUCUCGUGGGUGACGGCGCUGGAGAUCCGGAAUCGGGCGUCGCGCCGGGAAUGGGGUCUAGAUACAAAGCCAUCGCCAUGGUCUCUCGCGGAUUGCCAAAGCCAGUGGGAUUCUGA